ACAGUCCUUAAGACAAGUAUGCAGUUAAGCUGCUAAGGGAUGGAAGAAGCCAGUCUGUGCCUUGGAGUGUCCUCGGCGGCCCCGGAAGCUGAGCCCCACCUGAGCGGCCCUGUCCUCAACGGCCAGUAUGCCAUGAGUCAAAAGUUGCACCAGAUCACCUCCCAGCUCAGCCAUGCCUUCCCCGAGCUGCAUCCCCGGCCCAACCCGGAAGAGAAGGCCCCCGCGCCCCUCGACGAGAAGGCGCACGUGCCCAUGAGCGGCCAGCCCAUGGGCAGUCAGAUGGCGCUCCUGGCCAACCAGCUGGGCCGGGACGUCGACACCAGCCUCAACGGGCGGGUGGACCUGCAGCAGUUCCUCAACGGGCAGAACCUGGGCAUCAUGUCCCAGAUGAGCGACAUCGAGGACGACGCCCGCAAAAACCGCAAGUACCCGUGCCCGCUGUGCGGCAAGCGUUUCCGCUUCAACAGCAUCCUCUCCCUGCACAUGCGCACUCACACCGGCGAGAAGCCCUUCAAGUGUCCCUACUGCGACCACCGGGCGGCGCAGAAGGGCAACCUCAAGAUCCACCUGCGGACCCACAAGCUGGGCAACCUGGGGAAGGGGCGCGGGCGGGUGCGCGAGGAGAACCGCCUGCUGCACGAGCUGGAGGAGCGGGCCAUCCUGCGGGACAAGCAGAUGAAGAGCAGCCUGCUGCAGCCGCGGCCGGACCUGAAGCCGCUGCCGCACGCGCAGCCCGCCCCGCUGGCCACCUGCAACCUGGCCCUGCCCGCCAACCACAGCGUGCCCGACGCGGCCAACCCGGUGCCCUCGCCCAAGCCGGCCAGCGUGCAGGAGGACGCCGUGGUCCCGGCCGCCGGCUUCCGCUGCACCUUCUGCAAGGGCAAGUUCAAGAAGCGCGAGGAGCUGGACCGCCACAUCCGCAUCCUGCACAAGCCCUACAAGUGCACGCUGUGCGACUUCGCCGCCUCGCAGGAGGAGGAGCUCAUCAGCCACGUGGAGAAGGCCCACAUCACCGCCGAGUCGGCGCAGGGCCAGGGACCCAACGGCGGCGGGGAGCAGGCGGCCAACGAGUUCCGCUGCGAGGUGUGCGGCCAGGUAUUCAGCCAGGCCUGGUUCCUCAAGGGCCACAUGCGGAAGCACAAAGACUCCUUCGAGCACUGCUGCCAGAUCUGUGGCCGCCGCUUCAAAGAGCCCUGGUUCCUCAAGAACCACAUGAAGGUCCACCUCAACAAGCUGUCCGUGAAGAGCAAGUCCCCCAGCGACCCGGAGGUGCCCGUGCCCAUGGGUGGCAUGUCCCAGGAGGCCCACGCCAACCUGUACUCCAGGUACCUGUCCUGCCUUCAGAGCGGCUUCAUGGCCCCGGACAAGACCAGCCUGAGCGAGCCCAGCCAGCUCUACGGCAAAGGGGAGCUGCCCAUGAAGGAGCGGGAGGUCCUGGGCAAGCUGCUGUCGCCCAUCUCCGGCAUGGCCCACGGGGUUCCCGAGGGCGACAAGCACUCCCUCCUGGGGUGCCUCAACCUUGUGCCGCCGCUCAAGUCCAGCUGCAUCGAGCGGCUGCAGGCGGCUGCCAAAGCGGCCGAGAUGGACCCCGUGAACAGCUACCAGGCUUGGCAACUCAUGGCCAGGGGCAUGGCCAUGGAACAUGGUUUCUUGUCUAAAGAUCAUCAGCUACAACGCAACCACGAAGACACUUUGGCAAACGCCGGAGUGAUGUUCGAUAAGGAGAAGCGGGAGUACGUGUUAGUGGGAGCAGAUGGCUCCAAGCAGAAAAUGCCUGCUGAUUUGGUUCACAGCACUAAAGUGGGCAAUCAGAGAGACCUGCCAAAUAAGCUCGACCCUCUAGAAGGCAGUCGGGAUUUUUUGUCGCACGGGCUGAACCAGGCGCUCGACUAUAACCUGCAGGGGCCCGGGAGCAUGAAGGAGAAGCCCACAGAGUGCCCCGACUGCGGCCGGGUGUUCCGCACCUACCAUCAGGUGGUCGUGCACUCCCGCGUCCAUAAGCGGGACCGCAAGGGCGACGAGGACGGGCUGCACGUGGGUCUGGAUGAGCGGCGCGGCUCGGGCAGUGACCAGGAGUCCCAGUCGGUGAGCCGCUCCACCACGCCGGGCUCCUCCAACGUCACCGAGGAGAGCGGGGCCGGCGGCGGGCUCUCCCAGACCGGGAGUGCCCAGGAGGACAGCCCGCACCCCUCCUCGCCGUCCUCCUCAGACAUCGGCGAGGAGGCUGGGAGAGCCACUGGGGUCCAGCAGCCCUCGCUGCUUCGCGACAGGAGCCUGGGCUCGGCCAUGAAGGACUGCCCGUACUGUGGGAAGACCUUCCGGACAUCCCAUCACCUAAAGGUGCACCUGCGGAUACACACAGGUGAGAAACCUUACAAAUGUCCCCACUGUGACUAUGCGGGCACCCAGUCAGCGUCCCUAAAAUACCACUUAGAGCGGCACCACCGGGAGCGGCAGAACGGAGCUGGGCCCCUGUCUGGACAGCCCCCAAACCAAGACCACAGGGACGAGCUGUCCAACAAAGCCGCUUUGUUUAUCAGGCCAGACAUCCUGAGGGGGGCCUUCAAGGGUCUCCCUGGAAUCGACUUCAGAGGUGGCCCUGCUUCCCAGCAGUGGACAGCAGGCGUGCUCUCGUCCACAGAUCACGCGGGGCAGGCCUCCGGCAUGACUUCCGAGGCCCCUUCGGACACACUGAAAGGCACCGACCUUCCUUCCAAAAGCGCCCACUUCUCCGAAAUCGGAAGAGCUUACCAGAGUAUUGUGAGCAACGGUGUGAAUUUCCAGGGGUCCUUGCAAGCUUUCAUGGACAGCUUUGUCCUAAGCUCCUUGAAGAAGGAGAAGGACAUGAAGGACAAAGGCCCGUCUGACCCUCCGUCCAUGAAGGUGCACGGGCCGGACGGCGGGGAGGACAGAGCUGGCGCAAAGGCGGUCCCUAGGAAGUCGGAGAAAUCCCAGUACGAGCCUCUGGACUUGUCGGUGCGGCCGGACGCCGCGUCGCUGCCGGGCUCGUCGGUGACCGUGCAAGACAGCAUCGCGUGGCAUGGCUGCUUGUUCUGCGCGUUCACGACCUCAUCUGUGGAGCUCAUGGCCCUUCACCUGCAGGCCAACCACCUGGGCAAGGCAAAGCGCAAAGACAGCGCCGUCGGGGUGACGGUCAACUGCAAAGACCAGGCCCGGGAGGCGGGCAAGGUGGCCCUGCUACCCUCGGCGCAGUCGAACAAAGAGACGGCACUCUCUGGCCUGAUCGGGCCUCCAGAGGCCGCUUCAGAAAAGACGGCCCCGGGGCCGGGCAAGGAGACUCUGGGGGAGCCCAAGAGCGGCACGUGGCCUGGCCUGGUGGACCCCGCGUUUUGCAACUUCCCAUCAGACUUCUACAAGCAGUUUGGCGUCUACCCGGGCCUGCUGGGCUCGGGCGCCUCCAGCUCCUGCCCGGCCCAGGAGCCCGACGGGAAGGCCCACGCGGAGGAUGACGCCCCGAUCCUGAUCCCCGAGACCGCCAGCAAGAACGCUACCGAUGACCUCUCCGACAUUGCCUCCUCGGAGGACAUGGACUCCUCCAAGGGAGAGAACAACGACGAAGACGAUCUGGAGACGGAGCCAGAGAUGAUGAGCAAACCCCAGUCCGCCCUCGGCAAGGACGGCGGCGGUGGCGACGGUGGCGACAGCCUGCUGCCCGCGGGCGCCCCUCAGCCCAUCCAGGGACUAGUCUCGCCGGUGCCCCCGGCGCCCGAGAAGCAGUGGCACGGCCCGGGCCUGCUUCCAGCCCAGGACCCCUCGGCGGGCCUGCCCAAGCCGGAGCGGGGCCCCCCGGGCCUGGAGAAGCCAAUGAACAUGCUGUCGGUCCUCAGGGCCUACAGUUCUGAUGGCUUAGCAGCCUUUAACGGACUUGCGAGUAGCACAGCAAAUUCUGGAUGUAUCAAGAGGCCAGACUUGUGUGGUCACAGGCCUUUUCAGUGCCGAUACUGUCCCUACAGUGCCUCUCAGAAGGGGAACCUGAAGACCCACGUCCUCUGCGUCCAUCGUAUGCCUUUUGACAACAGUCAGUACCCCGAUCGCCGGUUCAAACGCUCCAGAGUCGACUCGGAGGCUUCUGGGAAUUUCGAAGACCCCACAGCUGUCAAGGCGGGGAGCUCAGCAGAGCUAACAGAGGAGGGUUGCAAAGCCCAGGAGGAGCGUAACUGA